UAGGAGCCCAAAUAGGAUGCAACGAGCUGUUGGCUAGAAAUGGAAGAAACGGCAUAUGGUCUACUUUUUAGGCUAUUUUACUCUGAGAUAAAGUAGAAAUUUGAGUAGCCCAAGGAAGAUUAAAUGGGGCCUUCUUAAUAGGAAAGCUGGAAAAAAAAAUGAGAGCAAAAAAGUAAUCACUUCCUCCCUCACCUCCUCACCACUAAAACAGAGCACAAAACAAAAAGAAACAAAAGAAAGUCAAAUUGGAAAAAGAAAAACAAGGGAGAACAAAGAAAAAAAAUGUUCGGGAGCUUUGAAUCACACCCCACUCACAAAACUAUCAAAGCCUUGGGACUCCCUACACUCUUCAUUCUCUUGCUCUCUCUUAGUUGCUUUGGUCAUUUGGUUAAAGCUUAUGUCUUAAUCUACGCUGGCUGCUCUCAAGAAAAGUACGCACCAAACUCCCCAUUUGAAGGUAACCUCAACUCUUUUCUAUCAUCAGUCGUUAGCUCAUCCUCUCAAGUGUCUUACGAUGCGUAUGCUCUUGGAAAUGGAAGCUCAACCCCUCCUGAAGGCGCCAUAUAUGGCUUGUACCAGUGCAGGGGUGAUUUGCCGAUGUUUGAAUGCUCAAGAUGUAUGCAAAGUGCUGUUAACCAGAUAGGCUUGGUUUGUUCCAACUCUUACGGCGCUUCAGUACAACUCGAAGGCUGCUAUUUAAGAUACGAGCAUAGUAAUUUCUUGGGGAGUCCCGAUACGACUCUCAUGUUCAAGAAAUGCAGUAGAAGUGUUAACAACGAUGUGGAGUUCUUUAAGCGUAGAGAUGAUGUUCUAGCUGACUUGCAGUCGGCUAUUGGUUUCAAAGUCAGUUCCUCAGGGUUGGUGGAAGGGUUUUCUCAGUGUUUGGGGGACUUGAGCUCCUCUGAUUGCUCUGCAUGCCUUUCGGAUGCUGUGGCCAAACUUAAGAGUUUAUGUGGAUCAGCUGCAGCCGCUGGUGUGUACUUAGGGCAGUGUUAUGCUCGAUACUGGGCAUCCGGCUACUACGCUGAACUCACUCCAGAUUCCUCCCACGAAGAUGAUGUCGGGAAAACAGUAGCAAUAAUCGUGGGUGUAUUGGCAGGUGUAGUGGUUCUGAUUGUUCUUCUCUCAGUUUGCCGAAAAACCAAACAUUGAAUGAGCCUGCCCAGCUUCCGAAAGAGUAUUCGUUAUUAAUGUAUUGGGUUGUUUUCUUUAAUAUUAAGGUGGCAACUUUAUCAGUUACUUUUAUUUAUUUUUUUGUCAUAAAAGAAGGGAGGCAGUGAAUGUAAUCUCCAUCAACUUCACAACAUAUGCUGAUUCCUUCACACAGCUGACAUGAAAAUCCAUCACCUUUCUUCAGCAAAACUUUAUCCUUUCACAAAAGUAAGCCAAGUUGAUCAUAAUUAUGAAUUGGUAAGUAAACUAAACCGACAAUCAAAAUCCGGCUUCUUUAUCUGCCUUCUCUUCGUUUCUCUAGAUGAGAAAAUCUUCAAUAAAAUUUGCAUUUCUGUUUCCAAUCGUUUC